CCGCUUUUCAAGUAAAGUGAUGUAUUUACUAGUUCUUAUCGUAUCUCUGAUAUUACCAAUAUUAGCUAAUUUUGCAAACACUGCUUGCCAUUGUACCACAGGGUGUCCAGAUGGAUCCUAUAGAUGUAGCGGCGAUUGUAAUCAGUCGUGGUCAGGUCCAACGUGCCAGCGCCAAAACAUAGCUCUAUUCCAGAGAACAUCUCAGAGCGGCAAUUACGGUAACAGAGGAUCUUCCAGUAAUGCCGUAAAUGGUAAUACAGAUAGCCAAUUUAAUAAAGGAAGUUGUCAACAUACUAGUGGUGGUAACCCCAAAAGUGCCUUUUGGAGUCUGUUUCUUUCAGAGAAGACAUGGAUUUAUAAUAUGCGGAUUUAUGACCGCACUGAUGCCCACGAUAAAACAAGACUGAUGGGUUUUGAAGUGUAUGUAGAUGGUCAGCUAUGUUAUGCAUGGAAUAUAACUACAUUAACCCCGCCAGUGAUCGAUAUCCAAUGCCCCUCUCCUAUUUUGGGAUCAAAUAUAACCGUUUUUUUGCCACCCAAUGGGAAAAACCGAUAUCUGCACAUCUGUGAGUUUGAAAUUUAUCAAUGUAGCGACAACUGGUUUGGAGACAAAUGUGAUAACGUAUGUCAUUGCAAAACAGAUAUUUGCGAUAAGAACACUGGCAGAUGUUCGGCUUGUUCUUCUGGUUAUAAAGGAUCACAAUGUCAGGAAGUUUGCCCACCUUUGUCUUUCGGGGAUGGUUGCAAUAGCACCUGUAACUGUUUUGAUUCUACUGAGACGUGUAAUCCUGUUUCUGGUGAGUGUGAAUCGGGUUGCCCAGCAGGUUAUCAAGACAUCGAUUGUCAAACUGUAUGCAAAGUAGGUGCUUACGGUCCAAUGUGUAACGGCACAUGCCAUUGUGAUAAAACGGAUAUAUGUGAUCGCGUGACAGGACAAUGCAAAUUUGGGUGCUCUCCGGGAUUUUCCGGCUUCAAUUGUCAAGAUCCUUGUAAAGACGGUACUUAUGGUGGAGGAUGCAAUAGGACCUGUAACUGUUACGAAUCUAACGAAACGUGCGCCGUCGAUUCAGGAGAAUGUUUAACUGGUUGCGCGCUGGGUUUCAAUGGCACCGAUUGCCAGACAUUAUGCCCAACCGGUACAUAUGGAUCAAUGUGUAAUAGUUCAUGUAAUUGUCGUGACAGAACGGAAGCGUGCGAUCAUGCAACAGGCCAUUGUGAUAAAACGGAUAUAUGUGAUCGGGUCACUGGACAAUGCAAAUUUGGGUGCUCUCCGGGAUUUUCCGGCUUCAAUUGUCAGGAUCCUUGUAAAGAAGGUACUUUUGGUGGAGGAUGCAAUAACACCUGUAACUGUUACGAAUCCAACGAAACGUGUGCCUUUGAUUCAGGGGAAUGUUUAUCUGGUUGCGCUCUGGGUUUCAAUGGCACCGAUUGCCGAACAUUAUGUCCAACCGGUACAUAUGGAUCAAUGUGUAAUAGUUCAUGUAAUUGUCGUGAUAUAACGGAAGCGUGCGAUCAUGCAACAGGCCAUUGUGAUAAAACGGAUAUAUGUGAUCGGGUCACAGGACAAUGCAAAUUUGGGUGCUCUCCGGGAUUUUCCGGCUUCAGUUGUCAAGAUCCUUGUAAAGAAGGUACUUUUGGUGGAGGAUGCAAUAAGACCUGUAACUGUUACGAAUCAAACGAAACGUGCGCCUUCGAUUCGGGAGAAUGUUUAACUGGUUGCGCCCUAGGUUUCAAUGGCACCGAUUGCCAAACAUUAUGUCCAACCAGUACAUAUGGAUCAAUGUGUAAUAGUUCAUGUAAUUGUCGUGACAAAAUGGAAGCGUGCGAUCAGGCAACAGGCCAUUGUAUAUCUGGGUGUUCUGCUGGAUGGAGAGGUACGAGUUGUAAUGAAGAAUGUGCCGACGGUUAUUUUGGAUUUUUCUGUAAAGACAUGUGUAGGUGUAAAAACGCUUCUGAAGUUUGCAACAAGAAAAAUGGAUCAUGCACAUCUGGCUGUCCUUUCGGAUAUUAUGAGCAUAACUGCCAAAGACCAUGCCCGGAUGGUAAAUUUGGUGAUGGGUGUUCCCUCUCCUGUAAUUGUGAUAACAUUUACGAUAUUUGUGAUAAGGUCAGUGGUUUUUGUCUUCAAGGCUGCGCAAAGGGCCACUAUGGGGAAGGGUGUAAACAGGUUUGUCCUGAUGGUAAAUACGGAAAAGAAUGUUCUUCUGUGUGUAACUGUCAAUCUCGUGAUGAAAUCUGUGACAAGAAAUCUGGGCAUUGCUUCAGUGGUUGCCCGGAUGGUUUCCGUGGAGAUAAUUGUAGUAUCCAUUGUGAUGAUGGGAAAAUGGGAUCUGCGUGUAAAAAGAGCUGCAACUGUAGAAAUACAACAGAAGUGUGUAAUAAAUUUAGUGGCGAAUGUCUCUCAGGCUGCCCAGAUGGUUUUACAGGCAGAGAUUGUCAAGAUAGCUGCAUUUCAGGAACGUUUGGUCUGAAUUGUUCCUUGAAAUGUAAUUGCAAUAACGGUACCCAAUGUGAUACAAUUUCUGGUCGGUGCUUUUAUGGUUGUCCGUUUGGAUUCCAAGGAGAUGCAUGUCUAAUUCCUUGUGCGGAUGCCACUUUCGGUCAAGAUUGCAAACACACAUGUAACUGUUUCGACCUUGGAGAGGUUUGCAAUAAAUUGACAGGCCAAUGUUCAUCCGGUUGUCGGACAGGAUAUGUUGGAGAAAGUUGUUUGACUAUGUGCAAAGAUGGUAAAUAUGGCCGCGAUUGUAAUUUAUCUUGUAAUUGUUUGAAAAAUACUGAAAUAUGUAAUAAAAGAACUGGUGAAUGUAUGAGUGGAUGUCCAAGCGGUUAUUUUGGAAAUGCCUGCACACAAGAAUGCCCCGAUGGCAGUUUCGGACAAAAAUGCAACAAAUCGUGCAAUUGUUUCAAUAGAAGUGAAAUCUGCGAUAAAGUUACUGGACAGUGUGCUGGACUAUGCGCUGAAGGAUAUAUUGGUAUCAAUUGUCUGUCAGCUUGUUCCGGGGGAACAUUUGGAUUGCAAUGCAGGAAUAGAUGCAAUUGUGUUGAUACUGAAGAAGUGUGUAAUGCAAUAACAGGUAAAUGUCAUAGUGGUUGCUCGGAUGGUUUCACAUCAGUUGACUGCACAGAGGAGUGCCCAGAUGGACAAUUUGGAUUCAAUUGUCAACAGUUUUGUAGAUGUCGAGAUCCAAGUGAGGUCUGUGAUAAAACAGUAGGUAGUUGUCGAAGUGGAUGUGCUGAAGGAUUUGUUGGACAAGACUGCCAUAGCCAAUGCGACGAUGGUUAUUUUGGAAUGGCCUGUAACAGAACUUGCAACUGUCGCCUUCGUAUUGAAGCUUGCCAUAAGGAAACUGGAUUUUGCUUUAGUGGAUGUCCACCAGGCUUCUCUGGAACGGAUUGUCAUAUGUCAUGUACAGAUGGUACAAUGGGAUCUUUUUGUAACAAAACUUGUAACUGCUAUGACCCACAAGAAGUUUGUGAAAAAGCUACUGGCAUGUGUCGAAGUGGGUGUGCCGAAGGCUUUACUGGUCUAGGGUGUCAGAAAGCAUGUCCGAAAAGGAAGUUUGGUUCAGAUUGUGUUCAGCAUUGUGGACAGUGUCUUGGCCAAGGUGACUGUAACCCGGUGACAGGUUUCUGCAAGAGUAAAUGUAAAAAUGGAUGGUCCCCCCCUAUGUGUAAUUCUUGUUCGGAUGGAUUUUAUGGACCCAACUGCUCGCGGUGUGGUCAUUGUGAAUAUGGCACUCUUUGUGACAAAGAAAGUGGAAUUUGUUCAAAAGGAUGUGACAAGGGUUGGCACGGGAGAAUGUGUUCGAUGACAUGUUCUCUUGGACAAUACGGAGAAAACUGUCGAAUCCGGUGUGGCUUUUGUGCUUUGGGUGGUUUUUGUGAUAGAUAUAACGGCACCUGCUAUGGUGGGUGUCGCCAUAAUUGGCAAGGUGAUAAAUGUACCGAACGUCUUCAACAGCUUAAUGGUCCAAACAUUUAUUCGCAUAGUGAAUCUUUCAAAUUUUGUGGAAAAUGUUCAUUAACUGGACGAUGUGCUCCAGAAAAUGGUACGUGUAUUGGAGGAUGUCAGUCAGGAUGGACAGGCGAUGACUGUUCGGUUCCAGUUAUUCCAACAAAGGGACAAACAAAUGCGUUAUAUUUAUUAGGAAUCAGUACCUGUGUUUUAAGUAUUAUAAUCUUAGUAUUCAUUAUUAUAUAUCUAGUAAGAUUAGCGAAGGGAAAAACGAAAAAGAAGAAAUUAACUGGGCAGUAUGUUGAAAUGUCAUCCACUUUUGAUAAACCGGAGAAACAAUUUCGGGGGUUAGACAAUCCGCAGUUUGAAGACAUAAUGUAAUUCUUUAAUAAAAACGAUUACCCUGAUUGA